AUGAGACUCUCCUCUAUCCUCCUGACUGUUUUUGCCUUGGUCUCGACAGGCCUAGCAGACAAGUCGUGUACCCCCAGUUUUGACUACUGCUCCGAUGUCCUGAUCGAAUCCAAGGGCUUCACCGAAGCGGAUUUAGAAGAUGUCUUGAAGGGAACCGACUUGGAGAACGAAGACGUCAAGAAUGUUCUCUUCCACUGCACGAACCCCGGUAUUGUUGGCCACCCUAAGCUUUGCAGCAGUGGGUGCAAGGACCCAGCAAUUGAGGGAAGCCACCAUUGCGAUGGGUAA